AUUCCUCUUCUCUCUUCAAACUAUUAGCCGAAUUUCUUGAUUUUCCUCUUCUCCUUCAUCAAUUUUGACCAUCACCAUGCCAAGGAACAUCGUCAAGCCACCACACAUUCGUAAAGAAGGUCAUGUUUGGAAAUUGGAAGGGAGCAAGUACAUCCACAUACAAACCAAUGUCCAGUUUGAAAACUCCACACACAUCCAUGCUGGCUGGUCAAGCGCUUCAGUAUAAAUACCCUUCAAUAUGUAUUCCUCAAUCAUCUUUCGAUCGAUCGACUUUAUAGGUAGAAAUAAAUCAAAGCUUUAAAAAGCCUUCUUUUUAAGAGAGAGGUUCAGAAUUUCUUUUCUUAUCAAGUAAGAGCAAACAAAAGAACAAUUGUUAUGAUGGAGAACGGUUCUAGAGAGACAAUGAAAGACAACAAAUCAUCUUUGCAAGUCGGCGAGCAAGCACGGCCGCCACAGUCGCGGUUGUGGAAGACCAUAAUGGUGGCGGCAAUCGCCGCCGGCGUCCAAUUCGGUUGGGCCAUUCAGCUAUCCCUCCUCACGCCUUACGUCCAGCUCCUGGGAAUCAAGCACAGCUAUGCGCCGCUGAUCUGGCUCUGUGGGCCCAUCUCCGGCAUGUUCGUGCAACCAAUGGUCGGCUAUUACAGCGACAACUGCAGCUCCCGCUUCGGCCGCCGCCGCCCAUUUAUUGCUGCCGGCGCCUCCCUAGUCACCAUCGCCGUCCUUCUUAUUGGUUUCGCCGCUGAUAUCGGACAUGUUUCCGGCGACCCCCUUGGGAAAGCCGCUAAGCCUCGCGCCAUUUCUGUGUUCGUAGUUGGAUUUUGGAUCCUCGACGUAGCCAAUAACAUGCUACAGGGCCCAUGUAGAGCCCUAUUGGCAGAUCUCUCAGGCGGGAGUGCGCAGAGGAUGAGAACGGCCAACUCAUUCUUCUCAUUUUUCAUGGCGAUCGGAAAUGUCCUCGGCUAUGCUGCCGGCUCAUACUCUCACCUCCACAGAAUAUUCCCAUUCUCACAGACGAAGGCCUGCGACGUCUACUGUGCUAACUUGAAGAGUUGUUUCUUUAUCUCCGCCGCACUUUUACUGUCCCUGACAACUUUGGCCUUGAGCACCGUCAGCGAGAACGAAUUACAUGCCGGCGGCGAAGAAGCCGCCGUUAGCAACGGGAAGAUUCCGUCGGAGAAGUCCAAGUUGCAAUUCUUCGGGCAAAUAUUCGGCGCCCUCAAGGACCUCCCGAGGCCCAUGUGGAUUCUGCUGCUCGUCACGUGCCUCAACUGGAUCGCGUGGUUUCCUUUCUUCCUGUUCGACACUGAUUGGAUGGGGAAGGAAGUGUACGGCGGGGACCCAGCCGGGAACGCCGCUGAGGGGAGGAUCUACGAGCAGGGGGUCCACGCCGGCUCGUUGGGCCUCAUGCUCAACUCUGUGGUUCUCGGCUUCAUGUCGCUUGGAGUGGAGUUAUUGGCUCGCCGCCUCGGCGGCGUUAAGAAGCUCUGGGGCGGCGUCAACUUUCUCUUGGCGGCUUGCUUGGGAAUGACCGUUUUGGUGAGCAAAUCCGCUGAGAAAUCACGGCGGUUCGGCCCCGACGGAGCACUCAUGUCGCCGUCGGCUGGGGUGAAGGCGGGGGCUUUAACUCUCUUUUCCGUUCUUGGGAUUCCUCUCGCGGUGACUUAUAGUAUUCCCUUCGCUCUGGCGUCCAUCUUUUCUAGCGGCACCGGUGCGGGCCAAGGUCUCUCACUGGGUGUUCUCAAUCUCGGAAUCGUGAUACCACAGAUGGUGGUGUCGCUGGUGGGUGGACCUUGGGACGAGCUGUUUGGAGGUGGGAAUUUACCGGCAUUUAUAGUAGGGGCAAUUUCGGCAGCACUGAGUGGAAUAUUUGCAAUCACGUUGCUUCCAUCACCUCCCCCGGAUGCCAAGGUUGGGGUCCCAGUCGCUGCUUUCCACUGAAAAUUAAACACUCGGAUCGACAUAUGCGCCCAUGUGAAAUUACUGUUGUCACCCUUUGGGUGUUUCCUUAGCUUCCUUCCAUUUUUCAUUUUCUCUUUCCUUCUCAUCGUCAUCAUGAUGAGCACGCACGGCACUAUCGAUAUGUUGUUUAGCUAGCUGAAUCUCCACAAUGUUUGUUGACUGGUGAGUGAAAUAAUGUUAACUUUAUUUCAUGUAAACACAUUUCACAAGCCAAUCCAACACAUUAAAGCUACAUAAAACUUUUGUAUAUAUGCAUCUUUCGACAUUAAUUUCAUCUUACAGUUUUCACUUUUC